AUUGAGCGUGUACGGAUUGGUGGUGUGAAAGUGGGCGAUGUAGUGGGCGAGGCGGAGGCGAUAUUUGUAGCGCAUCACCGAGGGCGACUUGACGAAGAACUUGAUCAGCAGUUUGGUGACGCCGUGGAAGGCCGCCGAGUGGUAGGCGGCGAAGUAGGUGAAGGUGACGAGGAGGGUGGCCUGGACGAGGACGAAGCCGAGGACGAGGAGGCGGAGAAGAGGACUGAGGCGGCCGUUGAAGGCAGGAAGGAGCAUCGUGGAGAGGAUGGCGUUCAGGGGCAGGGUGGUGACGAUGAAGCCGCUGAUGAUGGACCCGUAGAUGCGGUUGAUGUCGGCGAGCCAGUGGAGCAGGGGCACGGCGAAGUGCUGGCGGACAAAGUUGAACUCGAGUUCGAUGAAGGCGGCGAGGAGGAGGCGGUUGCCGACGUACCGUUUGAGCUCCUGCAGUUUGUAGAGGAGGACCAGCGCCUGGACGGUGAUGAAGGGAAUGAAGAGGGAGAGGACGUAGCAGCAGAUGUUGAUCACCAGCAGGUAGUGCGCGAAGAGGAGGUGGUAGGCGACCAGGCGGAGGGAGAAGAG